CAGCAGCCAGUGGCCACAGCAACAAUCGAUCAUCACUAAUUAUCUAUAGCUGCCUCAACGGUUCACUAACUCCCCUCGCUAUUGGCCUCUGGCUUUAUUGCAGUAAUGGGCACGCUCACUGCCGACUGCCCGCGGCUGGACGCGCAUUGCGACCACAAGCUUGCGACGUCGUGCCGGCUGACAUCCACACUCAACUGUUGUGCCUGUGCAGACGAGCGACCACACAGCCUGACCUACAGAGUGUAUAUAGAUGGCAUCGGUUUCGUGCAGCGAGGGACCCGGUGGCAAGGCUACUGCUGGUUCUGUAAAGAAUUCUGGACCAACCGCAUGGCCGCCACCGAACCUCCACUCGAGAUCUCCCAGUCACGCAUCCCCGAGAUACCCGACCAGAAGGGCUUUCUCGAGCGAUGGUUCGAAUUUCAUCAAGGCUUCCGGCUAGCAACGCGUCCUGAUGGCACCGAGCAGCGCAUCGCAGUCAUGGGCGAGCCUCUGCAUGAAGUCAGCCCUGGCUUCCUGCCACGAACAUUGGAUCAGCUACGAGCAGGUGUCGAGAAUGACGCCAGGAGACCGGAAAAUAGGCUAGCACGGCACCGACUGACAUCGGAAGAUGAAAGGCCCGCCGAGCCGCAGCAGAGUCUCGAAGAUGCUUUGAACAGCCUUCUGGAAGCGGCUUCAGACGCCGAGGCUGCAGAACAUGAGACACCAGCAACACCGGAGACGCCAACCUUAAACACAGGCCCCAUACCGGCGUUCCAGUCCAUAGUUGCAGUGCGCCUUGCCGCGCAGCGGCAGAGGGCGCGGGAACGAUUUCAGACCCCCUUUGCAGACGUCGAGCGCGAUCUCGAUGAGUCUCCUCUGUCGGCCAUGUACGAUCGAGCAUGGAACCACUAUCGUCAAGCAGAGAGCCUGCGAGCCGCUGGCGACACAGAAGCGUCUCCUCUGGAAGGGCUGUCUGGCCAGGAGCGUCGAGAAGUUGAAGAUCGGCUCCUCUUGGGUGUGCUACACCAGUCCCAGCUCGAUCAAGAUCCGGAAAGUACCGUGUGGAGCUACGCUCCAGUCAGGACCGACUCGGGCUCUGAACCGAGACCCAAUGAGGUGACUAUCACCCCGCCUUGGCUGAAUUUGAACGUACAACCUAUGGGCGCAGUUGCAGAUGAGGCUAUUGCGACGGGUUCUCCUUCUCUGGGUAGUACGCUUGAAUACUACACUGGUGAACUGCGAAGGUUGCAAAUGACUUUAGAGGCUAUCUCCCCAGCUCUCCACACUCAGCCGGAGCCUGAACGACCUGCCCCAACCUUGGACAACCAACCUAACCGACCACCGCCGAAGACAGAUGUGGAGAUGACAAAGGUGAUCGCGUGCCAGGUGUGCUACGAGCAAUUGGCCGAUAUUGCUGUGUUGCCCUGCGGCCACAUGGUCAUGUGUGAGUGGUGCGCAGACGUGGUUGUGCCUGUCAAGCACUCUCACAUCCCAAUCAGACCUUCCAAUUGUCCCAUGUGUCGAAAGCAAGUCAAGCAGAGAUUCAGGAUUCAUACUGGUUGAUUAGUCGAUAUAUACGACCACGACUAGAUUUGCUAUACGAGCAAUAAGACCAGCAACCACCAGCGAUAUGGGCUAUAUAUCGGCCGCAUUGGUCCACUUGCAAGGGUAAGAGUUGGUCCACUAAGUAGGUG